UCUAAGUUUAUUAUCUUUUCUGCUACGUGUACUUUUGUAAACAGGGCACAGCCGAUACUACUUGUUUUUGCUUUUUUGGAAGAAUUUCAUGUCAUUAUUAAGACAGAGAGCUCGAGAGCUGAAUGUUAUUUAGUGCAAGCUCAGACUAGCUCUUUCAAAGGCUCCUACUCCUAGAACCAAGGAAUUGAGAUAACAACCAACACCUGGAAAGCAAGACAAUAAUUGACAGGGCCGGGUGUCAGUGAUCCAUCAGUGACGUUAAUCUUGAAGUUCUGCAUCAGACACUUCUCUUUCAACCAUGAGACGGGCAGCAGGAGGAGGUGGAACCAACCCGACCACCAGUCAGGGCUAUGGAGAUUACAAUGCUGUUGAGGAAGAGAACCAGCACCUCACCGAAAACCUUCGAUCGAAAGUUAGCGUUUUAAAAACGCUCAGUAUAGACAUGGGCCAUGAAGUCAAAGAACAGAACAAACUUUUAAGUGAUAUGGACCAAGAGUUUGAUGCCUCGGGUGGCUUUCUUGGUGCCACCAUGGGGCGACUAUCACGCCUCUCCAAGGGGGGACUCCAUUGCCACUAUCUCUACCUGUUUCUUUUUGCCGCCUUGGUCUUCUUCAUCAUCUAUGUCAUCCUCAAGUCGAGAUGACCUUUGACGUCAGUAGAGGGAUUUAAGAACAUUCAGAUGGGUUAUUUAUAUAGCCAUAAAAGGGAAAGGCCUUUUUGUGUGCUUUAUAGCAUCUAUGUGUACAGUGCAUCACAUUUAUGAUUUGAUGAUACAUUAACCUUAUCACUAAAUAUUGAAUUCAUGUAUUUCAGAACAUGGGGGAUCGAGCUAGCUUUAGCACCGGGCAGACUCUGCAUUAAACGGUGAUUAGGUUUCAAGUGUUAGAAGUGCUACCUACACAUGGGAUCUAUAACUAGCAUAAAAUUUCAUGUUCUGUGAAUUUGCAUGUUUUGAAAUGAUCAGCAUUACCUCUUUAUUAACCCUUUGCUUCCGGGAACCAGGUGGCACCUGUAUUAAUCCUUUGAGAACGAGAGAAUUCAGUAGGCAGAAGGUUAACUGUUUCAUCAUCAUCAUCAACUUCAGGUGGCGCUGUAAAGCGCUGCUGUGGUCUUCACGAGAGCACGCCAUGCAACUCUUUCACCUGCCAUUUGUGUUGCACCUUUCAUUCCUUGUCCAGACACUUUCUUGAUACCAGUCCAAGAUAUUGGUGGACGACCUCUACCACGUUUUCCUUCGACUGCUCCUUGCAGUAUUUGCUUCUCAACACCUUCAGAUCUCCUAACAAUGUGCCCAAAAUAGUUUAGUUUUGUUUCACACAUUCCUAUAAAACAAUGUUAAAAAUUCUUCGUUUUAAAUGAUGUAUCAGUGCGAAAAAUUUCCUCAAGUAUUUGUCAUCGAUUCAGCUCUCUGGGCAUGGCUAAGUCAAAGUAGAGUUUCCGAUGAGUCAGAGAUGCCCUUAGAGAUGCCCCUAAUGCCAAGUUAGCCUGGACCCUUGAAGGUGAACAUGCUGCUUAUAAUGUACUAUCACUAAUGCCUUGCAUACAAAUGUCAGUUGAUUUUAGUUGAUUACCUAAAGUAAGUUGAGAUUAUUUAGAUUUUGAGUUGUUUUAUAAACAGAACAGAAGAUCCAUUAGAUCUUGUUAAAUUUACUAGAUUAGAAUGUGAUUACUAAACAACGAAAUUGGACAAUUAUAUCUUCACUAUUUAGUCAGUAUUUUUUUUCAAGCGACCUUUUGACACCUGUGAUUUUCUUGCUUUUUAUUCAUCUCAAUACUAUGAAAAAAGUGGCUGUCUCACAUACAUUUAUUUUUAGGAUUACCUAAGAAUUGUUACUCGUAGACUUGUUAUAUAUAUAUAUAUAUAUAAGAAAUUUUUGUAUUGUUAUUAUCGUUCAGAGUUAAUUGACAGCAGUUCCCACAUGUGGAUCGUUUUCCUGUGCUUGUCUACAUGAUUGCAAUUUUAGCUAACUUCUGAUUUUCAGACUUCAAACGCAUUCUGCAAGGAAAACAAAGAUACGGGGCCAAGUUUCACAAAAUAACAUUGGAUAUCUAUCAUUCCAUGAUAUAUUAACGUGUUAACGUGUGUAUUGAAAUUAUCAUUCGUUCGAUGGGAUGUUGAUGAAUUUGUACUCCUAAAUGUUUUGUGAAACAAUGCCAUGGUAGGAAUGAUACAAAGGUGGAUGUUUCAUCCUAUGGUUUUUCUUGAAUGUUUAGAUACUGAAAGAAUAAUGUCACAGCAUUCAGUCCUUCAAAAACUGAUUUAGAUAAUCAGUACUCAAGGUGAAUUUCAUCCUCAUUUAUCCUUUUUAUUUAUUAUCAUUUAUAUGAUGAUACAUAUGUAGUUUGAAGGUGGUGUGUGUACAUAUACCUUUUGCGGGUUUAAGAUUGUAACUAGCCUAAUGUUAACAUUAUAUUAUAUUUGUUGAAGAUAUAGUGCUUAAUAUUAUUAUUCAGAAUGUGAGAACUAAAAAUUAUCUUUGGAUAAUUCUAUCGUACUACAUGUAUAGUAAUAAUGAUAAUAUAAUAACAUACCAUACUUAUAUUGCGCCAUCUAUCUAUUCAAAAUAUUCUGAAGUGCUUAUGAAAUUUAAAAAGUACAUUUAUGUACUUGUUUCUUUCUGGUAGCACAGUGACCACAGAUCAUUGAAGAAGAAAAAUGUCUGUGUACCUAGAUGACAGGCUAGAAAUGAUGAAAUUCCUCAAAUAUCAAUAAGAAUUAGCUUGGGAAUAUAAUGGUAUGCUUAUUUGUUUUUCCUGUUGCCUUUACUCUUACAAGGGACCCUAUUACAUGUUGGAUGUUCCUUUUUUGCACUACUUAAUGCAAUUAUAGAAAUGCCAUAUUGGAUGCACCCCUGCAAGAUAAGUUUAAGGUUUGGUAAAAUUUAUCUUUGGAACCACUGGGCGAAAUGUAUGAACUGAAUACAGCUUUAUUUUGAAAGAAAUUUGAAUAAUGUAAUAUGGCCAAGUUGUAUACAGCUCACGGGACAUCUCAGAAGACCGACGGCCCAUGAGACAAAUAAUGUCAGUCUGGUGUAUCUUCAAAAAUGUUAUCCGAAGGCUUUUGGGCUGUCAGUCUCUGGGCUGUCGGUCUCGUGUCCUGUAGCCUAUAGGUAGAUUGGCAGUCAUGCAACUGUACAAUGUAUACUCCAGGAACAAUUGCUCUGCGGUCAAAUGUUUACAAUGACUGCAUUCUUCCAACUCAACCCCAGACGAAACACAAUACCAAAUCCUGACCUUAAACCUUACCUAAACCCCAACUCUGUAUAUCUUUGACAAAAUAAAGAACAGAACAAAAUAUCAUUGUUGCAGUAGGAAAUGUUGGAUCACCGCAACUGGUUUCAGUAUGAUUCUGCCAGUCGAUUCUGCCAUUUUUUUCCUGAUGUGAGGGUCACCCUGAUUGCAAUGAUUUGAAAUGUCAUUACAUAUACAGUCAAACCUGUCUAUAAAGUCUACCCUAGGGAAACAGAAAAGUGGCCUUUGUAGACAAGUGGCUUUUAAAGACGGGUUCCACAACACAUUUCUUUCUCGAGUGAGACAAAAUACAUGACCACUAUAGAAAGGUGGCCACUAUAGAAAGGAGGACUUUAUAGAGAGGUGGCCACUGAGACAGGCUUGACUGUAUGUCUUAUCUAUGAGCAUUAUACAGACAUAGCUCAACAGGGCAAAUUUACAUUUUUCAAAUUUGCAGGGUUUUUUUUUCUUCUCAGUUUUCUUCAAGAUGGAACUGAAGAUGAGUGAUGUACCUUGACUUGUAAAUUUAGCGAGUUUUGUGAUAAGAGGGUUACUAACUAAUUUACUCUGAAAGAGAUAUAUUUCACUAUUUUUGAAUAAAAUGUAUUAUUUGUAAUGUUA